CUCUGCGCAAUUUAAUUUUGACUGAAGUCACCUCACUCCUUGCCUUCCGUACUUUAGUCUCUGGACUCAUCACCAGAAGACUUUUCAACUCACUCGUUCCAACACACAGCAACCCUUCCCCAGAAAGCCCGUCCACGAGUGUUUGGCUUGCUCUGACGCCACCUUGGGUCUCUCCAGAUUACCCCCCGAGCUCAUUCUCAUGGUCGCAGAAAGCCUCGACUCGGAAAAAGCGAUCAACUCUCUGACUCGAAUAAAUCGUUUCUUCUACUCCCUGUUGAAUCCCUUUCUCUACCGCUACCAUGCCCGAAACGACGUUGAGCUCUCUGCUUUACAGCAUGCAGCAAGACGGGACCUCCCAGGGGUGAUUGAACACCUUGUCGAUGCUGGUGUCAGUCUCCACAGUCGGGAAGCAUGGUUUGGCUAUUCGUUCUACAGAAGGUCUAAGUACGACCACCCGAUUGUCUUGGCUGCAAAUUCAAGCCACGCCAAUGUCAUGGAGACGCUGUUGGACAAAGAAGAACUGACUAGCGGGCUCACCGAAAGACACUUCUCUGAUAUACCGGAGGAGAGAUGAUCCACAGAAUGAGUGGAGGUAUUUACGCAGUCAUGCUGCGGUACGCCAUCUGGAACAACGCGGUAGGAGUGGUUUGCAUGCUAUUGUUUGGUAAGAUGAGAUAUUUGUACAACAAGCGCGAGCCGAGAUCCAUCUUCCCCCGCGCGAUCGCUGCAAUCGGGG